AUGAUUUUAAUUAUAGGAGACAAAUCUGGUGAUAUUUCUAUAUGGAAUCCAUCAAAAAACAAGUCCAACAAACUUUACCUCAUUCAGUCUCCAAUAUAUGAUAUUUCAUCAUCACCUACAGUUGAGAAUUCAUUAGCGAUUGGUGACAUUGAUGUUUCUGUAGUGGAUCCACAUAGGCUUGCCAUUGCAAGUGGUGAUAAUAAUAUUCGAUUCCUUGCAUUUGGAACUGAUCUGGGUAAUAUUGGCUGGUAUGAAGUAUAUAACGACAAAUCCAAAACCUUCAAUUCUUAUCAUAAAAGCAAGGUCUAUUCUAUCCAUUGGUGUAAACCUGAAUGGUUAGGCCAAGGUUUAGCAGAUGAGAAUUCAGACUACAGCUUAAUUAUAAGUUGUGGAGGGGAUGGACAGAUACUUUUAAGUGAUACUACGAAACCAAAGCAAUCUAUGAUCAUCAACGACAUGAUAAAAGAAGCAAAUCCCGAAUGGACUUCAGUUAUGAAGGAUAAAUCUGGUUAUCUACCAAAACGUAGCGAAAUAGCGGUUCAUCCAGCGGGCAAAUUUCUUUCUAUUGGUAAUGUCGAUGGCAGUAUCGAAGUUUAUA